CCUCAAUAUAGCUUGAUAUUGCAUCAUACAAAAGACUGUAUCACAUCUAGCUGCUGCAGUCGCUCCGGACGUCCUGUUAUUUGCUCCUUUGUGGCCUCUGAGCCCCAUCCCACUGACUCACCAGCGACUCAUCCCUCCAGCACUCUAGAGCUUACCUGACUGCGCGCAUUAAGUCUACGCCUCGUUGCCAGCAUAUAAGGCAUCACGGGACCCUCCCUCCAACAGCAGACAUGCCGAAGAAGCACAAUCCGGUCUUUGCCAAACCUCAAGGCUCCGUUCACCCUUCGUUGGAACAGAGACCGAUCAUCUCCCACCCAUCCGCCCCGAAGACGGUCAAUGAACGGAUAAAUCAACUACGUCGGGAGCAAGCGCCGAGGGCUACGGCAGAGAGGAGGAAUGAGAUAAUAGACGUGCCAGGUAGACCUCAAGGACAAGUUCGAACGCGACGUCCUCCCCCAGGCCCAGCACCACCUGCGAGCUGGCUAAGCCAAAGCCAAUACGCCCCGUCAGAAGUUCGGAAGCUUCCAGCAUACUUGAGAGACGGUAUAUCAAAAUUUGGUAGACUUGCGACAACAAAUGAUGGAGAACGGAAACUACCUCGUUCAAAGAGUCUCGUCGACCUAUGCCUCAAGACAUUGGCGUCCAAUUGGAAUUGGCUUGCAGAAUUCGAGCAACAUUAUCUUCCCGCCCUACCUGCUCAUCUGAAAGAGCAUCUAAUUAGCUACUUGUCCCUUUACGGAGAGGAGGGCUCGCCGGACCUCAAGACCUUCAAGCUACUUUUUCUCAAUGAGACGGAAGUUGAUGGGGGGACUGGCAGCAGUGAGGUCAAGCAACUGGAUCUUACCUGUCUGUUAAGUGACGCGCUCACGCUUUCGGAUCUCAACAAAUAUGUGUCUCGCCAGCGCUCUACGGUCGAACUAUCACAUGAUUUAAAAUCGCCUCCUUCCGCUCCCGAGAAGCUGGAAGACGAUGUGGCAGAGUCCUGGGAAGACGAGAUCGAUUCGCCUCAUCCCACGUCUCUGCAGCCGUUCCGCUUCCCAAACCUCACCCGCCUUUCUCUUGCACAUCCGGGCCACCAAGCUUCAUGGACUGCGCUUCUUGCGACAUGUUCAAACCUAAAACAUCUGACCCACCUCUCUCUAGCUUAUUGGCCCACCCCAUCAACAACUCCCAAUGCUGCCACUACAUCCAUGGUGUCCAAACACGCGAAACCCGUUGCUCUCGGCGGAAGCCACAUCUAUUCUCAGCUCGACGGCGACUGGCAUGAGGCAGCAAAUAUCUUACGCCGACUCAGCCUCGUAACAUACCGCCUCCGGUGGCUCGAUCUAGAAGGCUGCGAUUGGUACAAAGCGCUGACGUGGGAUUCGCCAAGCUACCAGAGAGCGCUCAGGUUCCCAGACUUCUUUCAGGCUCCUGCGAAUCACUCGGACAAAGACGAAUGGGACGCCAAAAACGCCGGCAUUCCCGGCCCAGACUGGAACGGCGCGUGGGAGCGCGUUGAGACUCUUGUGCUCAGUCAAGGCUGGGUGCCGACCAAUAUCGGUGCUAUUCAAGGCCUACCAUCCAGUGCUAUAGCUGUACAUCUUCUCAAUUGGCUAAAGAAAAAGGAAGAAAAGCGCAAGGAAAAGGCUAUAACGGUUUGGGAACGAAGCUUGAGCAGCUCGAUGGAGAGGGUCAGGCUAUCUAAAACACCCAGCGGCAUCACAUGUGGGCACUGGGUGGAGAAAGAGAAGGAUAUCAGAAAUAUCGAGGACCAGAUCAAGCUAUUGCGGAGGGCAAGCCGUGGGUUGAGGAUCAGGUUUCUUCAUGGCUGGGGCGAA